AUGGAAGAGACAGACAUUCUACCUCCUCAACCGACACUUGACUCAGCUUCGACGGCCAUGCGGACGAGCGCCAUGAGCAGUAUGUCGCGUCUAUGGAGGUCAAAUCAGAGCCCAAGCAGUGCCGCUGCUUCACCAAAUCCCGCGGCAAAGACUUUCGUGGUGCCACUGUUCCUGGCCACGUCCCGCCGCUCAGCCCGAAACGAUAUGUUUGCUCGUGGUGCAUUGCCUGCCAGCACAAGGUCGAGGACUUCAACACGCUCCGUCAUAGAGAACGCGCCUUGGAGGGCCGGUGAAGUUCCACCUCUAUCAGUCCGACGAGGCGACGAGGACGAGCAGUCAGAUAUGUAUGCAGGUAGCUUGCGCCCGCCGCCCUCUGUCGCUGAGUCGAUUGAACCAAUACCACUUGCCCGGAACAUGGACGAUGAACCUACCCCAUCCGAACGUCAAGCCAUGCGGUCGUACCGAAACGGCAGCAGCACGAGCAGCAGGAGCCGUUCCUCAAAGCGAAGCAACAAGAAAUACGGUAUUUUCUCGAGGAAAUCAUAUCGCGACCCAGAUGUCAACGCAAAGGCAAGAAUCAGCUUUGCAUUUGGCGUCACUUUAUUGGUUGCGGUAGUCAUCUAUGUGGUCCUCACAACCACGGGCGUGGGUAGAAAUACCAUGUUCCACGUCCUCUCGCUACUUUUGAUCCUGACCCUGACUGGGAUCUUCAUCCAUCAACUCAUUCGAAUGUUCAUGCUCAUGCGACGACCGAGGAGGCCGAGACAUCGGACAACGGGCGGAACCCGACGCCGGCACGUGGCAGGACAAGCUCGAAGCCGUCGCGACGGGAGAAGAAGACAAGAUGAGCCAAUAGGUGACUUGGUCCUUGAAAAGCCCAUCCAGAUACACAUGGCCACGGAUACUAGCUUUGGUCCAGACGUGGAAAAUCAAGCAGCAAUCCAACCUCCGCCACCUGUGUAUGGUAAUACGCGCACAAGCAUGAGGCUGAACCCGGAUUUAGUCCACUGGAAGGAAGUACAAGUACCUCCUACCCCUCUGACGCCUACGUACGAGGAAGCCUUGAACUCAGUACAUCAGACCGUCGGGUAUCGUCCACCGAGUUACUUGUCAGAGAGCGGUACGAUAGCGACCAUGGAGAAUCGAGCUAGUGUCGUUGAUGCUGCGCUUGAAAACAUUCACCCCCUAGAGCGCGAACGGAUGAGGACGUUGACAGCUGCUGCGCUUGAAGGCCACGGCAGGAAUUAUGUGUAG